GGAGUCCGGGCCAUUCGAGCGGAUAAGCCCGAUCUUAAGGGGCAAAUUAAGGAUGUUUAGUAGUUUGUUCGUUACAGGGAUAAAAGCUACCAUAGUUAAACCCGCAGAGCUAAGGCAACGUCAGCGUUGUAGUUAUCUAUGAGCCCAACUAUGAGCCACGAGCGCAAAGCUGGUUGAGAUAGGGGUAGCCAGCUAUCGCAAACACGACACACAGUUAAACCAGUAUUCAAUAUCACUAUUUCGCCUUCUCGCCAUCCAAACUACCUAGCUACGUAUUGUUGACGAUGCUUGGAUGAAGUCAUGACAUCAUCUCAAUAUAGACACAUAAACCCCCAAGUGGCAUCAUUAUGGCUUCGCAAUCUUCACUUAACUACGACAUCUCCCCGACCUAUCCACCUUUAUAAUUUGUAACUCCUACAGUACUCUCUACCAACAAUUAUCAAUAACUAUCACAUCCAAGCAUGGAUACUGAGGACUGUCACCAAAUAUGCACGGCGAUAGAAACAACAACUCGCCAGUCAAUCAUGGCCUUGAUCCCUGGCCUGGGAAUCUUCUCUAGACUGCCCUAUGAGAUCCGCGAACUCAUCUGGCUGGAUUUCUUCCCUGUAGAUCAGGAGGACGAAUUGACUCCCUCUCAGUCGGAAUACAUGGAUCUCAGAAUCCUCCUUGCCAGCAGCAAACUGUACCAAGAGAUCUCGGACGUCAUCUUCUCCAAGACACGCAUGGUUAUCGAUCUCUCCCCGUCUCCAGAUUCUGGGAAAGAAUUCCGGGGUGCUUUACGCCUUCGGAGGCCCGUGCGAGAUGGUAUCUUCUAUGACGGACCGGCAUGGACACUCAAAUGCCGGGCGAAAUGCAGAGAACGCCGCUUCGACUAUUUCCCUUUCUGCAAGUUAGCCGCUAUUGACAUCCAUAUAUCUAACCCGGAAGACGAAAAUGGAUUUUUCUGGAGGUGGAGGAAUGUUAUCGGUACACUUGAACUGCUCGAUACUUCACUGCUCCCGCCUAUAGUCAUUCAACUGCAGAAGGGCAAGGAGUUGAGUCUCCAUGAUACAUAUGUCAAUUGUGCAGGCUAUGAUCUAAAUAACUGUCAAGUAUUGAAGCAACUGAAGUACAGAAAACGCAAGAUGUUAAGCUGGGUAGACACUUGCUAUGGGUUAUCCCCUUACCCAGAUGGGGGCUAUAAUUCCCAUGGCUGGUACGUUUACGACAUACUAGUUUUGCCGUUCUAUAGUAGAUUGCGAGGUGCUCGCUCGAUUCGAGUGGAGGUGCAUUGUGAUGAAAUCGGGCGAAAGAUGAACUGGACGGUUAUACGUGUUGCUUAUGGUGUAUUCUAUAGAAGGGUUAAUAGAACCGACCCGUUCACAUCUUACCUCGAUGAGGAGUGGAUCAACUGCCGGAUUCUUUCCCAGUACUAUUAUAUACAUGACUGCCUGGUUUGGGGGCAACUGUUAGGGAACGGGAGAAUGAUGCCCUUCUUUUGGAUUGGGUGGCAUAGCCGGAACUUGAAAAUUAUCGCCCACAAGCUGGCGGAGCUGGUUACUAAGUUCCUUGACUGAAGACUCGAUACGGAGCCGAUUCGAAAAUUGGUGUCAGGUGGUAGAUACUCUAGCUUCUCGUCUAUUCUAGUCCAACUGCCAGAUAACAUCUUGUGGUUAUAUGACUGCCGGGUAUGAGUCUUGUCGUGCCAACCAGGUAUUCGGUUUACCAAAGUAUUCGGCUCCAUUAUGAACUUCUCUUCGCUCCAGGUCAAUCCCCUUCCUGCCAUUCCGCAAGCAUCACAGUCGCUAUGGGAGCUUCUAUUAGAUCGUUUGUAAGCGUCAGAUUUCCGUAGAUAUGUAGGUCAAUGCGAUAAAUUCCACCAUAUGACCAAUAAUAGAGCGGCAUUGGAUUAUAAUACUCUUCUCAUACCAAGUUUAUCGUAUAAGAAGUUUCUCCUGGGGUAACAGCCACGCAAAGGCAGUCCUAGUCUAUGCCAGAGCUGGCCCUCGAGAUAGAAGUUCUCAGUUUCCUGGUCGGUACACUCUCUGAUGUCGAGUCAGAAGUGAUCCACUGUCAACUCUCAGCCGGGUCACACGAUAAGAUAAAAGGCGAAUACAAAUAAAGGAGAGCAAGUGACCAAUACAGACUGCAGAGUAGAAGCAAGAUAGGUCCGUUAAAACAAGGUUGUCACUCCCUCUGUGAGAGUGUUGAAGUUCUCAAGGAUGAGAGAGCUGAUGCACGGUCAUCCAGUUCAUUCAUACAGCGUUUAGAUCCCGCCACCACGUAAUUGAUAUAGGCAAAUCCACACAUUGUUAGGAGGACGAGAAAGGCUGCAAACAGAGAGAAGUCAGAAUUAGCCGCACCAGCCG